UAAAAAUGCCUCUAGAAGCAGCCGUAGUAGUUUUAGAUAACUCAGAAUUCUCAAGAAAUGGUGACUUAGAGCCAUCUAGAUGGAAUGCUUAGCAAGAAGCCAUUGAAUUAUAUAUUAAUGUAGUUAUUGAUUCAAACAUGGAAAGUGGAAUGGGAUUGAUUUUAGGAGGUGGCAAAUAAGUUAGAUUGUUGAUGACUCCUACCAAUGAUAGAGAUUUAAUAUAAGGAUAAUUCCAUAAAACGAGAUUAGAAGGUAAGCAAAUAAAUUUAAAAAUUAGGAAACUUAAAGUUUUCUGUUGCCAUUCAAUAGGCAUAAUUGGCUUUGAAACAUAGAAUUAAUAAAUAAUAACAUUAACGUAUAGUGGCAUUUGUUGCAAGUCCAAUUGAAGAAGAAGUAGAUACCUUAGUCAAGUAUGACAUAAUUUAAAUAAUUAUAGUCUAGCAAAGAGAUUAAAGAAAAACAACAUUGCAAUUGAUUUAAUCAAUUUUGGAGAGUAGAAUGAAGAGCAUCUUUAGAAAUUGGAAACUUUCUUUAAGAAUGUAUCGAAGGGAUCAUCCUCAAAAUUCAUUAAUAUUUAACCAGGAAUGAGUGCAACAGAAACCCUGUUUUCAUCCUUAGGAAAUAAUUCUGAUUUUCAAGCUGAACCAGGAUAAGAACAAUAAGUUCCCUAAUAACGAACAGGUGGAUAAUUCUCUGAAUAUGGUGGAAUUGAUCCAAAUAUAGAUCCAGAACUGGCCAUGAUAAUGAAAAUGAGUCUUGAAGAAGAAGCAUAAAGAUUAUAAUAACAAUUAGCUUAAUCAUAAUAACCCCAACAACAUUAAUAAUAAUAGACUUAGUAAUAAUAAGAGCAGCCUUAACAAACUUAAUAAUAAUAAAAGGAAUAAAUAUAAGAAGAAAAAGUAGAAAUUGGUAUUGAAGAAGAGAAUGAUGCAUUAUUAGAGUAGGCCAGAUUAUUGAGUAUGUAGGUAGAAUAGCCUGAACAACCAGAAUAACCUAAAUAAUCAAAUUAAAAUGCAUAACCAUAAAACCAGAACACCUAGAAGUAAGCCUUUAAUCUAAUCUAGUUAAUUAUUCCAAGAUUAAAACUUCCUUAAUGAAUUAUUAGAUGAUGUUAAUAAGGAUGAAGAAUAGGAGAGUCUCCUAAAAAAAGAUAAUGAUAAAUCUAAGAAAGAUUGAU